AUUUUUUAUAAAAUAGUGAUAUGUUAUUUUUAAACUACGAGUAUUUCAUGCAACCCUACAAUAACUUGACUUCGAAAAACAUCCUUCUGUUUUUAUUUUACGUGGUUUGUGAUAUUACAAAGCUCUAAAUAAAAUACAAAUAAAUUAAUUGAUUGAAUGUAAAAUAAAAUCGCAUUUUAUGACACCAUCAAAAAACUUCGACCCUAAAUAUAAGAGAGAGAUGAACACUGAUAAUGUGGACGGAUUUGGACUUGGUGUUGGGGUGACCAGUGGAUCAAGCCUUGCUAUUACUCAGCAAGGUCAAGGAGUUGCAGCUUUGCUUGUCAUGCUAGUUGUUUUAUGUUUUAUAUUUGCAUAUUGUUGUUGGGGAGCACCGUUUUGUCGAUCUUUCUGUAGAAGACAGUGUUGCUGCCGCUUGGAGGGUUCAGAAAUUGAUCCAAGAUUUGGAAAUAGUGAUCAAGCUAUGGUAGCUACACCUACAAUUAUUUUAUUACCACAUGGGCGCAUGUUGGUUGUUGAUGGCACUAUUUUUACACAGCUACAAGCUGAUACUACUGGACUUGAUUUAGUGGAAUUGGGAGAAAAUGUGAUACGCUCUCAAAGGAAUUCAAGAUAUGUUAAUCGUCAUCAACUUCAAAAUAGCCAAGGAAGUAUAUUAGAAAUGGACGCAGAAACACCAAGCAAAGAUAGUAUAGGAUCUAUAGGAUUUUUUCCCCCUCCUACAUAUGAGAGUAUCUAUGGCAAAGAUGAAGGUGAAAUGCCACCAUCAUAUUCCGACAUCAUCUUACAUAGGUUUGCUAAUAUGCCGUAUGAAAUUGAACUCCAAGAUUAUUCUAAUGGCAAGGAAGAAAUAGAGAUGCGAAGUUUAGAAAACUGCUCGCAUAUCAUAAAUAAUCCUUUGAAUACAAUAACAACUUAUCAUCCCUAUGCCACCAUAACAUCAUUUUCUAGUCAAAGACUUUCUCGACCGAAUAUUUCAAGGAAUUCCACCUUUAUAAAUAGCUCUAGAAACUCGGAUAAUUUAUAUAUCGAAAACGAACUUGAUAACUUUUAUAAUGUUCCUUCGUCAAACUGCAUCAGGAUGACAAAUUUACAACAAACCGCCGUUAGAGGUUUUAUAUCUAAUGAAGAAUUACAUAGGCGUUACAGUGAGAGUCAAAUAGCUCGGAACCAAUUAAACAAUGUAGUUAAUUUAAAUGAUUAUUCACAAACAAAUGAAACAAGUCAAACAUCACGUAAUACACAGCCUAUUGAAACUAGUGAUAUAACGAAUACUAAUGCUAACAAUGAAAUUAUUAGUAAUCGAACAAGAGAAGAAAAUGGUAAUAUAAGAUUAACUAACGAUGGAUUGAACGUACAACCAUCAUCUAGUGGAGGACAAUCAACGAGUAUCGAAAUAUCUAAUAAUAAUAGUGUAGAAACUCAGAGACAUGAAAGACAUCGUCCACUUGAAGAUGUUGAGGACGAAAAUAAAAAUUUCAUGAAUUUAGCAGAUAUAAGAGAAAGCAGAGUGUGAUAAUUCUCCAUUUGAAUGUAAUAAAAUCUAUUAUUAAAUUUAACUAACAUU